UGUGACUUUUUCCGUUUCGCCAUUUUCCUCUUCUCCGCCGGUGAUCUCGCUGUCGUGCUCCGCUUGUCGGCGUCUCUCUCUCCCUCCCUCCGCGUUUUAACCUGUCCACGGCAGACGGUGGGAAAAAGGAGGACACCUAACCCAACCUUCUAAAGUGUAGUUUGUCUCUUCGUAGCUGGGUAAAAGGAGUGAAAAGAGCGAGGAUGUCUUCUGAGGAGAGCCCCGAGUACUCGCCUUUCUUCGCCGUGAUGGGAGCCUCUGCGGCCAUGGUCUUCAGCGCAUUAGGAGCAGCGUAUGGGACGGCAAAGAGCGGCACAGGCAUCGCUGCCAUGUCUGUGAUGCGGCCAGAGCUCAUCAUGAAGUCCAUCAUCCCCGUGGUCAUGGCUGGUAUCAUCGCCAUCUACGGGCUGGUGGUGGCCGUGCUGAUAGCAAACAACAUCUCUGAGAGAGUCUCUCUUUACAAGAGCUUCCUGCAUCUCGGUGCCGGUCUGAGCGUGGGCCUGAGCGGGCUGGCAGCCGGAUUCGCCAUCGGCAUCGUGGGAGACGCCGGCGUGAGAGGCACCGCCCAGCAGCCCCGGCUUUUCGUGGGCAUGAUCCUGAUCCUGAUCUUCGCCGAGGUGCUGGGGCUUUACGGCCUCAUCGUGGCCCUCAUCCUAUCUACAAAAUAAGUGUCUGCAUCGAAACCACCAUCUCAUUCAUUCCACAUCAAAGCAGCAAGAACAAAUAGGAGAUUUUCACCUACUUCCAUUACACCCCCGUGGGUCUGACAGGAUGGGAUGGCAGCAGAAACAUGUUGGCGGUCGACUUGACAGCUGUGUGAUCUAUCCAUAUUGUUUAAAGCCAUCCAGUUGUGUCAGGUCUCGUGCGUACAGAACGGGCAUGAAGAUGUAUUGGUUGUUGUGGGAUGAUGUGUGGACAGUCUGCUUGAUUUGUUGUCUGAUCUUAACCUGUACAGUGAUCCAGAGUCCCUCCACCCCCUCCCCACCACCACCCCUCUGUAAAUGUAGUAACCAGUCUGUGCUGUGAGUGUGAGUAUCAACGUUUACCCCUCUGCCCCCUCCCCUCCUCCUUUUGAUUUUUUCCGUUGGUGGUUUUGAUUCUCCGUUUUCGAGACUGCUGAAAAAUCGUGCACAUUAGUGUUUUAUUUUUUUCAUGUUCUUUUCUGGGACCAUUUUUGAAUCACAGUGGUGAGGAACUGACAAGACGUAUUUUUUUUUGUUUGUUUGUUUUUUUUCACUAUUUAUGGAAAAAGUUAUUAAAAUUUUGACUUGAUGAAACUGUCUAAAUGGAAUACUGUUUAUUGAAUACCCUAUAUACAUCAAAAUAUAUAAAUUAUCUGUGUAUAGUUAGAUUAAUUACACUGUGGGUAAUUGUUCUAAGUGCUUGGAAUUCCUCUGGAUGUAGUGUGAUUAUUAAUGGAGGAUGUCCACAUGUUGACAUGGAGUUGACUGUGUGUGUGAGUGUGUGUGAAUGACAAGAGUGCAUAAUGUGUGUGUGUGAGUCGAUUUAUGUUUAAUAUGACAUUCUCAAACACUAGUAUCGUUUACCUGUAGUGCUGCUGUCUUGAUUUUGUUUGUUUGUUUUUUCUGUUUAAGGUGAGAGCUCACUGUUCAGUCAUGCCUGUCAGAUUUCCAAAUAAAACUCAACCUCCUCCAGAA